AGUAGCUCAGGCGGCCGCGCCGCGGCGAGGGUGACACACUAUGGUCACGGCCCCUAAAGACCGUCGUGCCGCGGAGCAGCACUCCCCGGCUCCCCGGUCCUCCUCAGCCGCCUCGGCAGCGCUCAGAGCCUGCUGCUGGAGUUGAGGCGCUCUCGGUAGAGGGUUCGGCGAAGUUUCUUGAAGGGGCGCGGAGCACCGCAGGCGGCGAGUGCGCUAUCGCUCUGGGGUCAGGCAGCCGGCGGGGGUCGCCGCCGGAGGGGCGUUUCCGAGGCGUUGAGGAGGAGGAGGAGGAGAUGCUGCUUCUCUUCUUCCCCUCCCAGGCUUCUACUUCAGCUCCUUCAGCCCACGCCCGCAGCAGCUUGGGGGAGAAGAGGUGGUGGCUCUCCGCACCCGCGGCAGCUGCCGGCGGCCAGCCGGGACGUCGCGUUCCCGCAACCCUUACUCCGCGCUCCAGUAGCAGGAACGGGUCUCCCGACGAGCGGUAAUAUGCAUGUGUCACUAGCUGAGGCCCUGGAGGUUCGGGGCGGAUCACUGCAGGAGGAAGAAAUAUGGGCUGUAUUAAAUCAAAGUGCUGAAAGUCUCCAAGAAUUAUUCAGAAAAGUAAGCCUAACAGAUCCUGCUGCCCUUGGCUUCAUCAUUUCUCCCUGGUCUCUACUGUUGCUGCCAUCUGGUAGUGUGUCAUUUACAGAUGAGAACAUUCCCAAUCAGGAUCUUCGAGCAUUCACUGCACCAGAAGUUCUUCAAAAUCAAUCGUUAACUUCUCUCUCAGAUGUUGAAAAGAUCCAUAUUUAUUCUCUUGGAAUGACAUUGUAUUGGGGGGCUGAUCAUGAAGUACCUCAGAGCCAACCUAUCAAGCUUGGAGAUCAUCUCAAUAGCAUACUGCUUGGAAUGUGUGAGGAUGUUAUUUAUGCUCGAGUUUCUGUUCGGACCGUCCUGGAUGCUUGCAGUGCCCACAUUAGGAAUAGCAACUGUGCACCUUCAUUUUCCUAUGUGAAACAGUUGGUAAAACUCGUUCUGGGAAAUCUUCCUGGGACGGACCAGCUUUCCCGUAACAGUGAACAAAAGCCUGAUAGAAGCCAGGCUAUUCGAGACCGAUUGAGAGGAAAAGGAUUACCAACAGGAAGAAGCUCUACUUCUGAUGUACUAGACAUACACAAGCCUCCAUUCUCCCAUCAGACCUUUCUUAACAAAGGGCUUAGUAAAUCUAUGGGAUUUCUGUCCAUCAGAGACACAAAAGACGAAGAAGAUUAUUUCAAGGACAUUUCAGCUGAUAAUAAUUCUGGUCAUGAAGAUUCUGAAAAUACCUGUUCCCCUUAUCAGUUUAAAAGUAGUGGCCCACAUAAGAAGAUUAUCGCUGGCAUCGAUAUGCUUCCCAAGAAGAAGAUUUGGGCUUCAUCCAUGGACUUGCUUUGUGCCGCUGACAAAGACUUUUCUGGAGAGACUGACAGAUACCAACACUGUCACCCUGAUGCAGUAACAGGGCGGACUUCAACUACUCCUAGAAAAAAGGAGGCAAGAUAUUCAGAUGGAAGCAUAGCCUUGGAUAUAUUUGGGCCUCAGAAAAUGGAUCCAGUUCAUCACACUCGAGAAUUUUCUACCUCCUCAGCAAUAUCAAGUGCUUUGGACCGAAUUCGAGACAGACAAAAGAAACUUCAGGCUCUGAGAGAAGCCAUGAAUGUAGAAGAACCAGUGCGAAGAUACAAAACUUACCACAGUGACAUUUUUAAUACCUCCAGUGAAAGUCCAUCUAUUAUUUCCUCCGAUUCAGAUUUCAGGCAAGUGAGAAGAAGUGAAGCUUCAAAGAGGUUUGAAUCCAGCAGUGGUCUCCCAGGAGUAGAUGAAACCCCAAUUCAAGGCCAGUCACAGAGACCAAGCAGACAAUAUGAAACACCCCUUGAAGGCAACUUAAUUAAUCAAGAGAUCAUGUUAAAACGGCAAGAAGAAGAAAUGAUGCAGCUGCAGGCCAGAAUGGCCCUUAGACAGUCUCGAUUGAGCCUGUAUCCAGGAGACACAAUCAAAGCUUCCAUGCUAGACAUCACCAGGGAUCCAUUAAGAGAAAUUGCCCUAGAAACAGCCAUGACCCAGAGAAAACUGAGGAACUUCUUUGGUCCUGAGUUUGUGAAAAUGACAAUUGAACCAUACAUAUCUUUGGAUUUGCCACGGUCUAUCCUUAACAAGAAAGGGAAGAAUGAGGAUAACCGGAGAAAAGUAAACAUAAUGCUUCUGAACGGACAGAGAUUGGAACUGACCUGUGAUACCAAAACUAUAUGUAAAGAUGUGUUUGAUAUGGUUGUAGCCCAUAUUGGCUUAGUGGAACAUCAUUUGUUUGCUCUAGCUACCCUUAAAGAUAAUGAGUAUUUCUUUGUUGAAUCUGAUUUAAAAUUAACCAAAGUGGCCCCAGAGGGAUGGAAAGAAGAACCAAAGAAAAAGAGUAAAGCCACUGUUAAUUUCACUUUGUUUUUCCGAAUUAAAUUUUUCAUGGAUGAUAUUAGUCUGAUACAACACACUCUCACCUGUCAUCAGUAUUACCUUCAGCUGCGCAAAGACAUUUUGGAGGAGAGGAUGCACUGCGACGAUGAGACUUCCUUAUUGCUGGCGUCCUUGGCUCUCCAGGCUGAGUAUGGGGAUUACCAACCAGAGGUUCAUGGUGUGUCUUACUUUAGACUGGAACAUUAUUUGCCUGCCAGAGUGAUGGAGAAACUUGAUUUAUCGUAUAUUAAAGAAGAGUUACCCAAACUGCAUAAUACCUAUGUGGGAGCUUCUGAAAAAGAGACAGAGUUAGAAUUUUUAAAGGUCUGCCAAAGAUUAACAGAAUAUGGAGUUCAUUUUCACCGAGUGCACCCUGAGAAAAAGUCACAAACAGGAAUAUUGCUUGGAGUUUGUUCUAAAGGUGUCCUUGUGUUCGAAGUUCACAAUGGAAUUCGUACAUUGGUCCUUCGUUUUCCAUGGAGGGAAACCAAGAAGAUUUCUUUUUCUAAAAAGAAAAUCACGUUGCAAAAUACAUCAGAUGGGAUAAAACAUGCCUUCCAGACAGACAACAGUAAGGUAUGCCAGUAUCUGCUGCACCUUUGCUCUUCCCAGCAUAAGUUCCAGCUACAGAUGAGAGCAAGACAGAGCAACCAGGAUGCCCAUGAUAUUGAGAGAGCUUCGUUUAGGAGCCUGAAUCUCCAAGCAGAGUCUGUUAGAGGAUUUAAUAUGGGACGUGCAAUCAGCACUGGCAGUCUGGCCAGCAGCACCCUGAACAAACUUGCCGUUCGACCUUUAUCAGUUCAAGCUGAGAUUCUGAAGAGGCUAUCCUGCUCAGAGCUGUCGCUUUACCAGCCAUUGCAGAACAAUUCAAAAGAGAAGAGUGACAAAGCUUCAUGGGAGGAAAAACCUAGAGGGAUGAGUAAAUCAUACCAUGAUCUCAGUCAGGCUUCUCUCUAUCCUCUUCGGAAAAAUGUCAUUGUUAACAUGGAAUCCCCACCUCAGACCAUUGUGGAGUUAGUGGGAAAACCCUUUCACCAGAUGGCAAGAUCUGAUACAGAAUCUGUGGCAGGAUUCACAAAACUUAAUUCAAGGUCUGUUGCAAGUUUAAAUAGAAGCCCUGAAAGGAGGAAACAUGAAUCAGACUCAGCCACUGAAGACCCUGGUCAAGCAUAUGUCAUAGGAAUGAGUAUGCAUAGUUCUGGAAAUUCUUCAUCCCAAGUACCCUUAAAAGAAAAUGAUGUGCUACACAAAAGAUGGAGCAUUGUAUCUUCACCAGAAAGGGAGAUCACGUUGGUGAACUUGAAAAAAGAUGCAAAGUAUGGCUUAGGAUUUCAAAUUAUUGGUGGGGAGAAGAUGGGAAGACUGGAUCUAGGUGUGUUUAUCAGUUCAAUUACUCCUGGAGGACCAGCUGACUUGGAUGGAUGCUUAAAGCCAGGAGACCGUUUGAUAUCUGUGAAUAGUGUGAGUCUGGAGGGGGUCAGCCACCAUGCUGCUGUUGAAAUUUUGCAAAAUGCACCAGAAGAUGUGACACUUGUUAUUUCUCAGCCAAAAGAAAAAAUACCCAAAGUGCCUUCUACUCCUGUGCAUUUUGCCAAUGGAAUGAAAAACUACAUGAAGAAACCUUCCUACAUGCAAGACAGUGCUGUAGAUUCUUCUUCCGAGGACCACCACUGGCCACUUGGUACCCUGAGGCACAUCAUAGAAACUUCCUUUGGAUUGUCUGGGGGCCUUCGAGAAGGAAGCCUUAGUUCUCAAGAUUCCAGGACUGAGAGUUCCAGCUUGUCUCAGAGCCAGGUCAAUGGCUUUUUUGCCAGCCAAUUAGGUGACCGCAUCUGGCAGGGAUCACAACAUGUCAGCCCUACUCCAUCUGUAAUAACCAAAGCCAUUGCGAAAAAAAGGACUUCCUCUGACAGUAACCAAAGCAAAGCUAAAAAGCCAGGCAUUUCUGAUGUGACAGAUUACUCUGACCGUGGAGAUUCAGACAUGGAUGAGGCUACUUAUUCCAGCAGUCAGGAUCAUCAAACAACCAAAAAGGAAUCUUCCUCCUCAAUGAAUACAUCCAACAAAAUGAAUUUUAAAACUUUUUCUUCAUCACCUCCUAAACCUGGAGAUAUCUUUGAGGUUGAACUGGCUAAAAAUGAUAACAGCUUGGGAAUAAGUGUCACGGGAGGUGUGAAUACCAAUGUCAGGCAUGGUGGGAUUUAUGUGAAAGCUGUUAUUCCCAAGGGAGCAGCAGAGUCUGAUGGUAGAAUUCACAAAGGUGAUCGUGUGCUAGCUGUCAAUGGAAUGAGUCUGGAAGGAGCUACCCAUAAGCAAGCUGUGGAAACACUGAGAAAUACAGGACAGGUGGUUCAUCUAUUGUUAGAAAAGGGACAGUCAUCAGCAUCCAAAGAACAUGUCCCUGUAACCCCUCAGUGCACUCUUCCAUAUCAGGAUGCCCAAGGUCAAACUCCAGAAAAAACAGCAAAGAAAACAACUCAUAUCAAAGACUACAGCUUUGUCACUGAAGAAAAUACAUUUGAGGUAAAACUAUUUAAAAAUAGCUCAGGCCUGGGAUUUAGUUUUUCUCGAGAAGAUAAUCUUAUACCCGAGCAAAUGAAUGCCAGCAUAGUAAGGGUUAAAAAGCUCUUCCCUGGACAGCCAGCAGCAGAAAGUGGAAAGAUUGAUGUGGGAGAUGUUAUCUUAAAAGUGAAUGGAGCCUCUUUGAAAGGACUGUCUCAGCAGGAAGUCAUAUCUGCUCUCAGGGGCACAGCUCCAGAAGUGUCCUUGCUUCUCUGUAGACCUCCGCCUGGUGUGCUACCAGAAAUUGAUACAGCUCUUUUAACCCCAUUGCACUCUCCAGCACAAGGGCUUCCAAAUAGCAGUAAAGACCCUUCUCAGCCAUCAUAUGUGGAGCAAGGCACUGGCUCAGAUGAUAAUGAAACUUCUGACAAAAAUAGGAAACAAUGCAAGUCCCCAUCCAGGAAAGACAGUUACAGUGACAGCAGUGGGAGUGGAGAAGAGGACUUAGUGAAAGCUCCUGCAAAGAUACCAAAUACAACCUGGAGUUCAACUUUGCAUCAAACUCUGAGCAAUAUAGUGUCACAGGCACAGAGUCAACAUGAAGCACCCAAGAGUCAAGAAGACACCUUUUGUACCAUGUUUUACCAUCCUCAGAAAAUACCCCAAAAACCAGAAUUUGAGGACAGUAAUCCUCCUUCCCCUCUCCCACUGGAUGUGACUACUAUUCAGAGUUGUCAACCCCAAUUAGAAUCUGCUUCCUCUGAUUCCAUGGGUAAAUAUCAUAUACAUCACUCUUUUGAACCAACUAGACAAGAAAACUUGACAACUUUGAAAAAUGACUUGGAAAACCACUUUGAAGACUUUGAACUGGAAGUAGAACUCCUUAUUACCCUCAUUAAAUCAGAAAAAGGAAGCCUCGGUUUUACAGUAACCAAAGGCAAUCAGAGUAUUGGUUGUUAUGUUCAUGAUGUCAUACAGGAUCCAGCUAAAAGUGAUGGAAGGCUAAAGCCUGGAGACCGGCUCAUAAAGGUUAAUGAUACAGAUGUUACAAACAUGACUCACACUGAUGCAGUGAACAUGCUCCGAGCUGCACCCAAGACUGUCAGAUUGGUUCUGGGACGAGUUCUAGAAUUACCCAGAAUGCCAGUGUUGCUUCAUUUGCUACCUGACAUUACAUUAACAUGCAGCAAAGAGGAGUUAGGUUUUUCAUUGUCUGGAGGUCACAACAGUCUUCAUCAAGUCAUAUAUAUUAGUGAUAUUAAUCCAAGGUCAGUUGCAGCCAUUGAGGGUAAUCUCCAGCUAAUGGAUAUCAUCCAUUACAUGAAUGGAAUCAGCACACAAGGAAUGACCUUAGAAGAAGCUAACAGAACAUUAGACAUGUCACUUCCUUCAGUGGUGCUGAAAGCAACAAGAGAUGGUCAUCCAGUUAUCCCUAGUUCAGAGAUGUCUGCAAUUUCAAUUCUAAAAUCAACCCAAGCCAAUGGCCAUCACAGUGUGGAACCUUCUGGCCAACCUGCCCUCACUCCUAAGAAUUCGUUCUCCAAGGUUAAUGGGGAAGAAAUAACUCAAGCCUUGCACCCUAAAGGAAAUUAUUCUCCUUCUCAGAUGAAGGAAUCAACGAACUUGACCAGGUCCAAAGAAUCCAACAUACAAGAUGAUGACAUUUAUGAUGAUCCUCAAGAGGCUGAAGUUAUCCAAUCUCUGCUGGAUGUUGUCGAUGAGGAAGCCCAGAAUCUUUUAAACCAAAAUUAUGUUACAAGAGAUGCCUCUGUUUCAGAUACAUUAAAGACAAAUGGGAAGUUAUCAGAAGAGAGAGCAGAAGAUACAGACUGUGAUGGCUCACCUUUACCUGAGGAUUUUACUGAGUCUUCUAAAAUGAAUGGCUGUGAAGAAAAAAUAAACAUUGAAAGCUUAACUCAGAAGUCACAAGAAAGGAAGACUGAUGAAGAUGAGAUAACAUGGGGAAGUGAUGAAUUGCCCAUUGACACAACAAACCAUGAAGAUCCUGAUAAAGAUCAUCUUUUUCUGACAAAUGAGGAGCUCACUGCACUCCCUGUGGUCAAGGUGGCUCCCUCUGGCAAAUACACCGGGGCCAAGUUAAAAUCUGUCAUUCGAAUGUUACGGGGUUUACUUGAUCAAGGAAUUCCUUCUAAAGAGCUGGAGAAUCUUCAAGAAUUAAAGCCUUUGGAUCAAUGCCUAAUUGGACAGACUAAGGAAAACAGAAAGAAGAACAGAUACAAAAAUAUACUUCCCUAUGAUGCCACAAGAGUGCCUCUUGGAGAUGAAGGUGGAUAUAUUAAUGCCAGUUUCAUCAAGAUACCAGUGGGGAAGGAAGAGUUUCUUUACAUUGCCUGCCAGGGGCCCCUUCCUACCACUGUUGGAGAUUUUUGGCAGAUGAUCUGGGAACAAAAAUCCACAGUGAUAGCCAUGAUGACCCAAGAAGUAGAAGGAGAAAAAAUCAAGUGCCAGCGCUAUUGGCCUAACAUCCUGGGCAAAACAACAAUGGCCAACGACAGACUUCGGCUGGCUCUUGUGAGAUUGCAACAGCUGAAGGGUUUUGUAGUGAGGGCAUUGACCCUAGAAGACAUUCAGGUGAGAGAGGUGCGACAUAUUUUUCAUUUGAAUUUCACUGCCUGGCCAGACCACGAUACACCUUCUCAGCCGGAUGACCUGCUCACGUUUAUCUCUUACAUGAGAUACGUCCAUAAGUCAGGCCCAAUCAUUACGCACUGCAGUGCUGGCAUUGGACGUUCAGGGACCCUGAUAUGCAUAGAUGUGGUUCUGGGAUUAAUCAGUCAAGAUCUUGAAUUUGACAUUUCUGAUUUAGUGCGCUGCAUGAGACUACAAAGACAUGGAAUGGUUCAGACAGAGGAUCAAUAUAUUUUCUGCUAUCAAGUCAUCCUCUAUGUCUUGACACGUCUUCAGGCUGAAGAAGAGCAAAAAGACCAGCCUCAGCUUUCUAAAUAACAGGGAAAGAACAGCCUUCUGGAUGUCUCCGUAUCUCUCCUGAACCUCCAACAAACUCCUGCUCUCUACUUAAAAUAAGAGUUAUAGAGCAGCAAGGCCAUGCAAUAUUAUGCUUAUUCUCCUCUACCUUGGAGGGGCAUUCUUUAUAACAAUAAAUAGUGUUGAAAAAUGCUGUAUUUUUACAGCUACCAUAACCAAUGACAAUUAUUAAAAAAUGUUUAACACUAACUGAACAAUUCAGGUCUAAAGGCUAGAGGCAGCAUUUGAUUAUAGUGGACAUUGUUACAGGAUACACCGAGUCUAUUUUUAAUGUACCAAUCUUGUUUAUAGCAAAAAAAAAAAAAAAUUUCCAGUAUUUUAAUAAAGUAGAGGUAUUUUAUAGAGGAUACUUGAAACCAGUAUUUAAGCUUUAAAUGACAGUAAUAUUGGCAUAGAAAAAAGGUAGCAAAUGUUUACCAUGUCAAUUUC